AUGGGGGGAGUCGUUGACAUACGCCCCGAGCCCACCAGUGUCCAACCAAGUCUCGACGACCCCCUCGGAGGUAAAAGCAGUAUGAUGAAAGACGCCAUCAUCGGACCUAGAUCCGACGAGAGCCUGGUCUUUCGCCGACCCUCCCUCUCGCGGGUCGUCCGCCCCCGCGACAAUGCCCCUUUCGAGUUGGGUACCCCAGAUUGUCACGACCCAAACUACCCAGAGUAUAAGAACCACCCAGAUGUCAAGGCUGCCAACGUCGAUGAAGGCAGCAAGCGCUUCUGCGAGCAUAGCCUUACGCGCGCCACUCUCACAGCUGUCGACGACGUCAAGACUCAUCCGCUUCACGCCUGGCGCUGGCGCUACAAGGAUGUUGCCUCGACGUUCCUGGACUUCAAGGUUCACUGGCGCGUCAACUGCCGCACGACGCUGGGAUUCCAGGAUAUUGAGUACCCUCUAGGUCCAUAUGGGCCUUCGUGCGUUGAAAUCAUGAUCGAGAACUACAGAAAAUGCAACAAUGGCGGGAUUGGCGGCAGCACGCAGGCAGGUUGCCUCGUAUACACUUUCAAUGGCGGAAGGAAAGAUCAAUACUACUGA